AUGAUAUCUAAAUCUUUGGAGUAUGAUCCCCUGGAAGAUAUCACAACUAUCCUGGCUCAUAAGGAAUCCCUUGAUGACAUUGAUAAUCUGAUAGCAGCCACUAAGAACCAUAGGAUUAAUUUGGAAAAUGAGGUCUUGGAAUUAGAUGAAGAGCGUAAAAAAUCAGUGGAUGGAUUGAGUGGGAAAGAUGGCAUUGACGAUUUUGAUUUUUUGAAUGUCUUUAAAGACUUUGAAGAUACUAAAAAAUUUGCCUCAGUUACUCAAAAUAAUAUAUCUAGGUUAACUGAAGGGAUCUCGCAUUUGGACUACGCAAAGAAAAAUCUCACUCAAUCAAUGACAUUAUUUCAAAAUUUACAAAUUCUAACAGAUAGUUACACAGAAUGUAAGAAAUUAUUAGGGAAGAAAUCGUUCAUUGAACUUUCUUCGUCUUAUAAAAUUAUGUGUUCGAUGUCAGAAAAUACAUUUGCUUCUUACAAAUCCGUUGAUGAGAUUAAUAAAUUAUUGGCAUCGAUAGCAAGAUUGAAAGCAAAUGUUUUAGAUGAAAUUAUGAAUAGUUAUAAAAAGAUUCUAUCUGGAAGAAUUCCUGAAAAUAGCUUAAUGAAAAAGGAAUUGAAAGUUGGUGUUAGUGAACUCUUAGAAUCAGAUCAUGGUUCAAAAGCUCAGGUGAUAGAUUUUUGUAUUAACAAGCUCUUGUAUGAAAUUACAGAAAUUUUUCAAAUCGAUGAUGAAGCAGGCUCUUUAGAAAAUUUACCUCGUCGUUAUAUUUUCUUCAAGAAAAUAUUGAAUAAUUACAACUCAAAUUUUUCUCCAUUUUUUGCAGACACUUGGGAAAUUCCACAGAAACUAACCUCGAAGUUCUAUUCUAUGACUAGAAAAGAUCUACAAUUAUUAUUAAAAAGAGAGCUAUCUGGCACAUCUCCGUCAGUUGAUUUAUUUAUGAAUUCUCUUCAAGAAACCUUGGAAUUUGAAAAAUACAUUGAUGUUAGAUUCUCAAGAAAAAUAACAGAUGAAAAACUUUCCAAAACUUUUGAACCAUAUCUAUCCUUAUGGAUUACUCACCAGGAAAAAUCAAUGAAGGAUAAAAUAUUAGCAUACAUGAGUGAAAGUAAACUACCAGAAAACCCAUCAGAUUCAUUGGUGAUACCGUCAAGUGCAGACUUAUUUAGAACGUAUCGUUCAGUCUUAUCGCAAACUAUGGAAUUAACCGGCAGCGGUACAAAUGACAACAUAUUGAAAUCUUUGGCAAGUUUCUUCUCGAAAUGGCUACAUGAAUAUUACGAAAAGAUAUUAAAACCAUUAUUACUUCCCCCAAAUGUUGAAAUAAAAAAUAAAGACGAGGCUAUUCAAUAUACAGUUUUACUUGUGAAUACUGCUGAUUACUGCUCUGUUACUAUCAAUCAACUGGAGGAAAAAUUGGUAGAAUUUAGUAAAGAUUCAGAAAGGAUAUCAAAAAUUUUUAUACCAAUUAAGGAUUUAUAUGGGGAUAUUCUAGCUAGAGGAAACAAUUUCCUAUUAUCUAGGAUUGUUGCUCUAGAUAUGACGUAUGUAUGGAGAGAGUUUAAUAAUAUCGACUGGUCUCGAAUUGAAGUUGAAGAUUAUAGUAGAUAUAUGAUAACAUUAGCUAAUGUGUUGUCAUUUGCUUCUGAUUCAGCCACUCUAACUAGCUCAAGUGUCAAGAAAUCAUCAGUCGAAUCAAUUGUUACUCAAUUUAACAGGGAUGUUUAUAGUUGGAACUUCCUUGAUAAGAUUAUUGAUUUGGUAAGCUAUGAUUUUGUAGGUUGUAUCAUUAAAUUACUACAACCAGUUCCGCCGUUUGCGUCAACUACCUCUACAAGAAAGCUAAGUGCAGAAAAAAUUGUUGUUAUAGGUGACCAACUGCUACUAGAUGUCUCGAAAAUGAAAGAUACAAUGAACUUGAUGUUGGACAUGAUGUCUAAAAGUUCAAUACAGAGUACCUCAUUAAACAGGGUUAAAAAGCAUUCAGAUAACAAUAUUAAUUUAUUGACAAGAUUUAUUAAAUUACUUAUGGCUCCAAUAAAUUCACCAGACGACUAUCAUGAAAAUUACAAGACUUUGACAGGUAAUAAUAUAAAUACGGCAGUCUGGAGUUUUCUAUUUGCAUUAAAAGGAGCCUCGUGGGAUCUAAAUUUCUGGCAACAACAUUGGACGGUAUUUAAUUUAGAUCUAGAAAAGGAUGAUUCGUCUGAGCCAGUUCAAACUAAUGAUAAUUUCAUCUUUAUCUGGCAACCUGAAUUGUUUGCCCAAUUUCAAGUUAAUCUAUUACGAAUUCAAAAUCUAUCAUGGACUGAUUUUAUAAGAAACGAAUUAAAAAUUACAAUGCCAAAAAGAACUGUCGCAAGUUCAAACAUAAAAUCCUGA